GGAAGAAAACUCGAAGAAGGAGCCUCUUAUUGUUUUACUUACUUUUAAUAAACAUAAUAUGGAAAUUCAGACUUCAAACAAUCCCAAAGUCAUCGUACAAAACACAUAAAUAACACUUCUCUACCUUUCAAGCUUCUAUACCCACAAAAAAUUAGUCUGUUAUCCACCAGUUAACGAAAAGAAAAGAGAGAAAGAGUGAUAGAAAUGGCUGAAGCUAUACUAGCUGAAGUUGUUUCAGUUAUAGCAAAUAAACUGAGUUCCCAAAUUUACACAGGAAUCAUGUCAGUUCGAGAACAAAAUACCCACAUUAAAAGACUCCAGGAGCUUAAGACUGUUGUCGAAGCUACACUUCUUGAUGCAGACUCCAUGGAAUCAUGCAGCAAUGUGCAACGAGACGUGCUCGAAAAGCUCAGCUGUGCACUUGCUGAACUGGAUGAUUUCUUGGAUGAAGAAGCAGCUAGAGCUAAGAAAAAACAAACCAUGAAUGGGAACAAGUUCAUCAAAUCGGUACGCUUGUUCUUUUCUGAAUCAAACCAAUUUUUUACUCCCUUGAAAGAUGCUCAGAAACUCAAGACUAUCAUAGAGAAAUUUGAAUGUAUUGCAAAACAUCAUGCUCAGUUUGGUAGCAUAGUUAGCACUUCGUCUGUAAACCAAACACGGGGUUUAAUGAGCUCUAAAUCGACCUCGUCUCAUGUCAUUAGUGAUGUAGUCAUCGGGAGAGAUGGAGAUAGGGAUAAUAUCAUAAGUAUGCUGUCCGACUCUGUCUCUUGCGAUACCCUCUCUGUUGCCUCAAUUGUUGGGAUUGGAGGAAUGGGGAAAACUACACUUGCUCAGUAUGUUUAUCAUGAUGAAAGGGUGAAAAACUGUUUUGAUGUUCAAUUCUGGGUUUCUACUACUGAAGAUUUUGAUGUUAAGGAAGUGCUGGAGAAGAUACUAGGAGUAGUAACUAGUACAGAUGACAAUCCUCUCAAAGGUGAGAUGGAUCAGCUCUAUGAUCGCUUUCUGAAAGCGAUUAGUGGAAAGAAGUUUUUGCUUGUUCUGGAUGACAUAUGGGAUCAAGAUGGUUUGAGGCUGAAGUGGCUAAAGCUGAGAAGAUUGCUUGAAUUCGGAGCCAGUGGGAGUAGGGUGCUUAUUACCACACGUUUUCAGACAGUUGCUGGUAUUAUGGACUCUGUUGGCCCAUACACACUGGAGGACUUAACAGAACACGACUCUUGGUUUCUCUUUCGAACCAUUGCUUUUACACAAUGGCAAGAGUUGGGUGUGGAGUCGAUUGGGCAGGAGAUCGCAAAGAUGUGUCCGAAUGUGCCUCUUGCUGUACGAAUUAUAGGAGGCGUGCUAUCCAGUAAACAUACAGUUCAGGAAUGGCAGGCUUUCAGAGAUGAUCAGCUUGCAAAUUUCUCCUUAUACGGUCAUGACAUCAUGAAGACACUGAAAUUUAGUUAUGAUCAGCUUGAUGGAAGGCUCAAGCUUUGUGUUGCUUAUUGCUCCUUAUUCCCAAAGCGAUUCCAAUAUGAUAUAGAUGAAAUGAUUCGUCUAUGGAUCUCUUUGGGAUAUGUAGAGCCACAAUAUAGUAACCAAAGUUUAGAGGAAGCGGGGGUGGGUUACAUGCGUGGCUUAGUAAAUUGUGGUUUUUUCACAAUAGCAUAUAUCGAUGAUCAAAAUAGCUGCAGAGGCGGUUUGAAAAUGCAUGACUUGAUGCAUGAUCUCAUCAUGUCGAUUGCUGGGUUUAAGUAUAAGAUAGCAUACUCAAACACAGAUGAUUUUGAUGAAAGAGUUCGUCAUGUGUCUUUUAGUACAAAGUUAGGUACUUCAGAAGGCGUAUCUCAAGAAGUGCCUCUGUCUCUCUUCAAAAUCAAGCGCCUACAGUCGUUGCUUUUGGAAGAAUGUUGGGACAGUAGAUGGACAUUCGAGACUUUGUCAACCAAUGAUAGACUAUUUUUGAGAAUGAGGUGGUUAAGGGUAUUGGAUCUACAUCAACUAGGGAUAAAGAAUGUGCCACCAUCUUUAGGUGAGCUAGUUUGCUUAAGGUAUCUCAAUUUGUCACACAAUCCAAUGACUAAACUCCCGAAAUCAAUCACACAGCUGGUGAAUUUGUUGUCAUUUGAUUUGUCGCGCUGUGACAAACUUCAAGAGUUGCCCAAAGACACGAGUAAGCUCGUAAAACUGAGACAUCUCAGAGUCAAGGGUUGUGAAGUAUUGAGCCAUAUGCCAAAAGGGCUAGGAAACUUAACAGAUCUUCAAACGCUCGACACAUUCAUACUGAGGGAGCAGAAUUCACGAGAUAGAGCAAACCCCACUGCUGUAGGCAGGUUAGCAGAGCUGAACCGCCUUCACAAUCUAACAGGAGCUUUACAUAUUCGUGUGUUUGGGAGAUCAAAAGAUACAGUUCACGGAGACAAGGCAACAAACUUGCAGAAUUUGUAUAAGCUCACAAGCUUGCUAUUAGAAUUCAAUGAUGGCAGCACAAAAGACGACGAGAUCAUGAUAGAAGGUCUCCAACCUAACGCUCAUUUGAGAAGAUUCAAUAUAUAUGGUUAUAGAGGAGAAAGUUUACCAAGUUGGGUUAGGGAUCAACUCCACUUCUGGCUCCCAAAUCUUGUUGAAAUUGCGAUAUCAAACUGUGAAGGAUGUAAAUGUCUUUGUUCCUUUGGGAAGCUUCCUUAUCUUGAACUCCUGAUUCUUGACAAGUUAAUGAAUCUGGAAUACAUAGAGGAAAUCAGUGGAGGAACCAAUGCAAACGACGACAUCAAAGACGAGUUCCAUACUCCCCUAUUUCCAUCACUCCAAAGGCUAGUGCUUAGAGCAAUGCCUAAACUGAAGGGGUGGCACCGAAUUUCGGACUAUGAGAAACAUCCAAGACAAGCUGUCCAGAAUAAUAAUCUCCUUCAACCGAAGCAUGCAUUCCCUAAAAUGAAACAUAUGCGGAUUGACAAAAUAGAUUGGCUAACUUCGAUGAUAAGGGAGUUUAGAGGCAUGUCUUCACUAAGUUAUCCAUAUAUAAUCAUAGAUGAAGAUCUUACAAUUAUACCAUUGUGCUCUGCCAACUUUCCUAACGGCUAUCAAAUCUUUAGAAGACGCUAGUCUUAGUUGUAUACCAUAGUAGUUAUCCUGUUCUUUUUCAUUUGAAUGCAAUAGUAGUUAGAUACAUUAUUUGGAUGUGAUCUUGUAAAAUCAUGUUGUAUAUACAACGAUAUAUAAUAGCAGUAUGUUACAAAAUA